AUGGAGGACAACGUCGAGAAGAUGAAUUUGGCCUUCAAGCAAAUUUUUGAGUUCUUUAAACCUGAAAAUUUGAAAGAUUCUCAGCGAGAGACACUGCAAAACCAAGUUAAAGGUCAAGAUGUGUUCAUUAGUCAAUCAACGGGGUCUGGAAAAUCAUUGAUUUUUCAGGCUGCACUAAUUGUCUUUAACACAGUAAGACCUUUGUCAAGUGUGAAGUCGAUCCAACUUGUGAUUUCUCCCUAGACCUAUUAUGCAAGACCAAGUGUGGUACCUUAGGUCUGUGGGAAUCAAGGCCAAGUUUAAUGGGGACGAACAGGAAAGCAGAGGCCAAUCAACAGGUGGAACGUGGGGACUGCAAAAUUGUGUAUGGCUCACCCGAGGCAUUUUUAUCUACCAAAAGAUGUUAGGCAAUGCUCAGCAAUGA